UGUGUGCGCUUGUCACAACAGCCACUUGCUGGUCAGCGACACCACGUCACUAAUGUUGUUGUCCAAAACCAGCAGUUGCAUGUCAGGAGGCUCGGUCACAUGACCUGGGUGUCUGCUGAUUGGCCGGCCGGCUGAGCUAAAAGCGCUCUGUGCUGGACGGCUCAGGAGUUUCUGGUGAGGGAGCAGCGAGGACAGGUUCUAAGCCGGGACAGAGGACAUGACCCGACCAGAGACAUGAAUGAAUGUGUGAGGGGAGCCUGCCCGACCAGAACCAAAGCACUUCUACACCAAAGCAGCUGAAACCAAACAGGAGAUCCCGUGGCUGGAUUCAUCCCGUCCAGGACUCUUUGUCAUCCGAACAUGAAGCUGGAGAACACAUCAGAGGACAUGAGCGGCUGGAGGGAGGUGGACUUUGCUCUCAGCUGCACCUACAUCGUUCCGGACCAGGUCUCGGACCCGAGCUUCAGCCUCCCCCGAGCCAUGACGUCCAUCCCUCGGAACUUGACCUUCAACUACAGCUCGGACAACGAGGUAACAGGCGUGUUCAGCAAAGAGUACAUCCCUCAGGGGACUCGCUUCGGCCCCCUGCAAGGAGACAUCUACACCAAAGACAACGUUCCCAAACACGCCAACAGAAAGUAUUUCUGGAGGAUUUACGGUGGUGAGCAGCUUCAACACUUCAUUGAUGGCUACGAUGUCCACAAAAGCAAUUGGAUGCGUUAUGUCAACCCGGCCCGCUCCCUAGCUGAGCAGAACCUGGUGGCCUGUCAGAACGGCCGGGACAUCUAUUUCUACACCAUCCGGCCUGUGGAGCCCAAACAAGAGCUGCUGGUGUGGUACAGCCCGGAGUUCACCCAGAGGCUCUGCAGCCAGCAGGACGAGCUCAGACAUAAACACAGCGAUGAAGAUGAGUUUUCCGAGCAUCAUCUACCUCAGCAGGUGUGGCUUAAAAAUGAGAUGAAGGAGGAGGUGAAGGAAGCGAGGGAUGAAGACAGCGAGGAGAAGAUUGACGUGGAAGUGUUGGAAAGAGACACUCCUCCGGACACGCCUGUUGACCAGAUAAUGGACUUCAGUAGGAAGAUGGAGAAGGACGGGUCGGAUCUGGAGGGCCAGGGGGUGGGUUCGUCCCCACAACCCGAGCAGAUGGAGCCUGGUCUGGGUUUCAAUCAUUCCUACUUACCCGAUCACCACCCCUCCUUCCCAGCGCCACACAGAAACCUUCCCCUCCACCUCCAUGGCCUCUAUGGUCACAGGGAGGGCCUGGUCUCCUCCUACCCACUUUACUCCCAGUCCAGACCUCUGCAGCCCCCCUACCAGUUUCUUUCCACCUACGGCCCCCAGUACCCCCGCCUCCUACUUCCAUCCUAUUCUCCUCCAUUUCCUGGGAUGUUGUCCUCAAGAGGAUCCCUGCGAUACAGCAGUUACAUGGGCAGUGAUGGACUGGCAUACCCCCCCAUAGCCCCCUCCAACUUGCUGCCGGUGUCCCUCCCUUAUGCUCCUCCUCCACACGGGGGGCUGAAGGAACUCACCCCCAAUGUUUCUCCUCCAAGAGGUGCCCCUGCCACCCCAGAGAUGUCCCCCCCAGGCAAGCCCCCCACCCAACAUCAGUCCCCAGAGCAGUCUCCUUCUGGCUGCGAGGAGGCCAUGAACCUCAGCUUGACCACCAUCAAGAGCAGCUUGGCGCCUCGUAUCGGGCCGGGUCACAAGUCACUGCCAUACCCACUGAAGAAGCAGAACGGGAAGAUCAAGUACGAGUGCAACAUCUGCUCCAAGACCUUCGGACAGCUGUCCAACCUCAAGGUCCAUCUCCGAGUCCACAGCGGGGAGCGGCCCUUCCAGUGCGACAUCUGUAAGAAGAGCUUCACUCAGCUGGCCCACCUCCAGAAACAUCACCUGGUCCAUACAGGGGAGAAACCACACGAGUGUCAGGUGUGCCACAAGCGCUUCAGCAGCACUAGUAACCUGAAGACCCACCUGCGGCUGCACUCCGGGGAGAAACCAUAUCAAUGCAAACUUUGCAACACCAAGUUCACCCAGUACAUUCACCUGAAGCUGCACCGCCGCCUCCACAGCGGCCGCGAACGCCCCUACCCCUGUGAGCGCUGCCCCCAGACCUUCUUCCACCGCUUCUCUCUCUGCAUCCACCAGCGCAGCUGCUUCCUGCCCAGCGCCACCGCCCCCUUCAGCCGCCACAUGAAGGAGAUGGUGGAGCGCUUCGACGCCAGCCAGGAGGCCGACACACUUCCAGAGACGGCCUCCGCCUCGCAGCUGCAGGAAGCAGUGGAGCGCUGGCUGGCUCGUACUCUGGAAGGAGAUGGGAAGGAGGACCAGAAGGAGACCACCAUCCUGCUGAAGGCUCUUACGGCCACCAUCAACCCACCGGCCACAAGCCAAUCACAUCACAGCCUUCCACUGGCCUAUCAGGAGAGGGCCAGCGUGGUCCACCUCCACACACGGCCAACAGUGAAAACAGAAGGAGAAUGAGGAGCCAGUUCCAUGACAACCAGCAGGUGUGGCCAAAUAAAACGUUUUCCCAUUCAAUGAGCACAGCACCAAAAGAAGGGCAUUCCAAAGACGGAGCAAGAGUGGAGUCCAACUCUUCCUCCUCCUAGACCUGAUAAAGCUGUGAAGUGUUUCCACAUCUUUUUACUCAGGUAGAAACUUGUUUAACUUAUUUUGGUAUUUAUUUAGUUUUGAUGGUAGUUUUUUUUCUGUUAGAGCUUUCUCUGUGAUGACUUUCCCGGGAGAAGGGAUCUCUGGAAAACUGUAAACGGACUCAGGAAAAGUGGAUAACUUUUGCUGCUGUGACAGUUCAGGGUGCAUGUUAAAUUCAACCAUGUCAUUUUAUUUAUUUAUCUAAAAAAGGGAAAUUGUGAUGUGAUAAAAGUAUUUUGCCAAAACGAACCAGGAUGAAUGUGUAGCGGCGCCAUUGGAGGGUUCCAGGAUGCAAAGACACCAAGCAUCCUUCAUCUUCAUCACCGCUGAAUGAAGCAAACCAAACUCAUCUGAAACUUUUUACCCACAAAGCUUUGCUGCAGCAGUAUGCAGACCGUCCUCCAGAACAUCGGACUCUGAAAUCCAGUUCAGGAAUAUUCCUCCAGCCUUUCCAGCUCAGACAGAAACCUGCUUCCUUCAAGCUUUUUUACUUUUGUACAGUUUGUUUGUUGUAGUUCAUUUUUGCUAACAGUUGAAAAGUUUAUAUGUGAGAGAAUAUUUUGAUAUUUACAUGAUGUAGCACAUUAAAGACUUUGCUU